GAAUUUCUCUCCAUAUGACUUGGUAAUGGUUGAAAGUGACCUAGACACGAGUUAUGCCAGCAUCAGCGAACGAUACCCGCAAGUAGGCUAACAGGCGGUCGGAACACGAGCGUUGAGCAAGGCAUCUGUGGUUCGCAUGUUUACGGAUCAAAGGCACCUCAGGUUCGACUUUCAACUCCACUCUCACGAAAUGGCCAAACUCGUGGAACUCUCUGACGAGAUUGUUCUUGUCAUUAUCUCCUACCUCAUAACUGAUGAGGAAUCAAAAGUUGGAGCACUACUUAGUCUAUGCCGUACCUCACGACGGCUCGUCAACCUCGCACAACCGGCCCUCUACGCAUGUGUCCGUAUCAAAGAGCCGGAAGGAGACCCCUUGAAACCAUUAAAGAGCUUCCUCUGGACUGUGUUGACGCGUCCCUUGUUGGCUAGACAGACGCGAGCCUUGGCUUUGACAAACGAUCGAGCCAUCUGCUACGACUGGCCGAGACUGGAACACGAUGAGGUCUUUAUCGAUAUAUGUGUGUUGAUUAGGGGUCGGCCCUUCGAGAUUGAUCCUGACUUCUGUUAUCAUCCGCUCGCUGUACACACUUUGGCUCAACUUCCGAAUCUUCGCCACUUCGAGUUCACGGCGGAAAUCGAGCAUCCGCGCGCAUUGCUUCAACGCAUGCAUACCUUGCGGUGUGAAGACGCCUUAUUCUUAUCAAAGUUGGAAACGUUUCAUCUAUACAAACUAUAUGAGGAUGGUCCAGUAGACAUUGACGAUUUCGUACCGCUCGUGCGAUAUCCAUCAUUCAAAACUUUCUCAACGCAAAGCGAUGUCCCUAACAAGCUUGGUGGUCUCAGCGCAACGAACCGUUUGACACAUGCAUCUGCUGACCUACGCUGGUGCAACAGACCAUUGAUAUCAAUACAGCAACUCAUCAACACACUUCAAAAUCUCUCAUCGUUCAUACUGCUCAUACCUGAUGCUGCGCGAUACAAAUGGCAAUGGGAUGUGGGCUAUCAACCACUUGUCACCCCACGGGAUCUUGUCAAGGCACUGCUCCGAUCGCACAAGGAUACUCUGAUAAGUCUUCACCUGGAUUUUCAUUACCACUACGAUCUGCGCGAUCCUGAACUCUUGCAGGAGGUUGUAGAUUCUGGUAUGGGUCUUGCAGAUUGUGACUAUGUGUACCCUUCGUUCGGCGAAUUUUCGAGGCUAUCGCACAUAACAAUCGAGUUCGAGAAACUUGUUAAUUUUCAUAAUCUUCCAGCCUCGCUGCAGUCAUUGGACCUUUACCUGUACUCGAUAUUGGACUUUACCGUGGAUCAUCUUCAGGAUUUAGUCGCCCUGAGAGACAGAUAUUGUCCAAUGCUUGAUUUGGUACUCUUGAGCUUCUGGGAAGAAAUUGCAGUGAGCAUAAUGACAGUAAGGGAUUAUGCAGGGAGACUGGGAUUGUCCUUGAAUGUUUCAAAAGACAAGGAGCUUGUGUCUUUCUUAGGGUUGGAAUUUUGUCUAAGAGUUUGUAGUCCUAAAUACGUGGAGGCCCUGAACUAGAGAGAAGGAAAGUUAUGAAUGUAUAAGCUGAUGAUUAGAUUUUAUAUAUCUAAGUAGUAAAUGA